CUUGUAAAAUCUAUACAAAAACUUGAAAAAGCGGAAUAGCACAGUGCAUCAGAAGAGUUAUGGCUGAAGACAUAAAUUUCUUUUCCUGGCUUGUUCCCGAUUUAAAGAACUAUCUCCAGGAAAGGGGAAUUCAGUGCAGUCUGGCGAGAAAAUUGGAUCUUGUUCGUCUUUGUGAACUCGCUCACGAACUUAAUCUUGAGAUAUUGACAGCGGAUUCUCAUGGUGAAUAUGUAGACUUCGAUACUCGACACAGAUCAGUGAACAUUGGAUCAGAGGUGGUAAUAUUGGACCAAGUCAGCCAAGUGUCUAACUGGAACAAAGAUUUGUCACAAAUACCAGAUGUGGAAUCUUUUGAUGUCUUGGUUUACCUUACACAGAAGUGUGGGUGGAAUUCUGCACGUUUAUCAAAUUACAAGCAGGAUAAUGGUUAUCGUCUUCAUAUGGCAGGACAUAUUGAUGAUGUACAGGCAUCAUCUGAUUUGAUCCCUGGCUAUAUGUAUGUUAAGUGCAAAUGUGUCCCGGAGACCAGACAAUCUGCUCAGCCAUAUGAAUCAUGGAUUCUGAUAAGGAUGCAGUCUGGAGAAAUUGUAUCAGGUGGAUGCACCUGUGUUGCAGAUAAUGGAGCGUGUAAGCAUUGUGUUGCUUUCAUUUUCUCAUUGUCCAGUUUUUGUGAAAGGCACAGGGACAGAAGUACAGAGGCCUGUACAGACAUACAGUGCGUUUGGGAUAAGCCAAGGAAAAAGUCAGUACCAAGUGAAAUAAGCAAUAUAGAUUUGAGGAUUGACCAGUCCCAACAACCAUCCAUUGUACCCACAUUGUGUAAUUAUGACCCAAGGGUACCAGCUCAAGAGAUACCAUCUCACGAAAAAGAUUUUUAUAAUCUUUGUAAAGGUACUGAUGCUUUAGUUUUGCAGACAUUAUACUCCGAGGAAUUCGACAGUGAAGAUGAUAGUGAGACUGUUCUUCCUUCUAUGACUGAUGCAUUCAAGGAUAUAAAUAGUGUUGACAUUGAUUCAGUUACAAACAAAUUAAAAGAUAUUUUUAAUUCUAGAGUAAUAAGUGAAAUUGAAGAGGUAACUGUAGGUCAAAACCAAAAUUUUGAGUGGUUCGAACACAGAAAGGGUAGAAUUACUGCAUCACUAUUUUCAUCAGUUAAAUGCUUUAGAUUUACAGAUAAUACUGAAAAUUAUAUUUCAAAACAGAUAAUGGGAAAGACAACAAACAGAUGUUCCCCUUCUAUGUCAUUUGGUUCAUUGAAUGAACCUGUUGCUAGGCAUCAGUAUUUUGAACAAUAUAAACAAAGUCAUAAGCAUGCUGAAAUCAGGUUGUGUGGUUUAUUUAUUGAUCCUGAUGCCCCUUAUUUAGGAGCUUCCCCAGAUGGCAUAGUGAAAUGUAAAUGUUGUGGAGAAGGAUUGUUAGAAGUAAAGUGUUCAUUUGUACAUCAAAAUAAAACUCCCAGGGAAGCAUGUUUGGAUGACCACUAUCAUGUCCGUUUAGACGAAAAUGAAAAUGUCCAAUUGAAAAUAGAUUCUCCUUGGUACAUUCAAAUACAGGGACAAUUAGGGGUGUGUAAAAAACAGUGGUGCGAUUUUGUGUUUUUUACCAAGAAAGGUUUUAUUGUUGACAGAAUAUAUUUUGAUGAAGUUUUUUUUAAAAGCAUUUUUAAAAAAGCUAACAAUUUUUUUAUGAAGUACAUUGUUCCUGCAUUAAAAACAGAUUGAAUUGGAAAUUAUUGAUAGGUACUUACCUGUAUAUUUUGUAAUUAUGUGUAUUACUUGUGAAGAUUUUUUAAAAGUUCAUUUUGUCAUGAAACAUUGAUUUUAGAUGUAAUGUUUCAACAUGUUCAAUUUAUUUAUUCGUUGGUUGUAUCAUUUUUUCCUAUGAUAAUUGUCUAUUGAAAGUUCAAAGAAAAACACCUCAAUUUUAUGACAAUAUCCAGACAUAUAGCAUACUUGUUUUCGAAUACACACAGAAAUUCAGACAUCUAAGAGAAUUGGCAAUAACUUUCAUCAUAGUGUUGAGUAUUAAAUCAUUAUACAUGUUCAUAUAAAGUAGCUUAAAUUUAAUAUUUAUACAAAAACUUUUUACUGCUACUUUCACUUCAGGACCGUUCAUGUUUGAAACUCAGUAGCACUUAUAAUACAUGCAGUAUACA